AUGGGUGCCAAAGGUCUUUUCGGCUGCACCGGCCACGCUCUCGAGCGCCUUCAGCUCGCCCUGAUUGUCGCCCCCUCCUUCAUCCUCUUUGGUUACAACCAAGCCGGCCUCGGUGGCCUCCUCACUGAGGCCGACUGGGUCAAGACCUUCCCGCAGAUCGACACUGUCAACACUGAGGGCGCUGAGAAGAGCCACAACUCGACCAUCCAGGGCUUGGUUGUUGCCACCUUCGUCCUCGGUGCUCUCAUCGGUUCCCUCUCAUGCUCCUACACCGGCGACAAGUACGGCCGCCGUGCCGUCGUCAUGGCCGGCGCCAUCUGCACUCUCAUCGGUGAGAUCUUGGAAUGCUCCGCCUUCACCCUGGCGCACUUCAUUGUCGGCCGUAUCAUCGUCGGACUUGGCAUUGGUCAGCUCAGUGCCACCGUGCCUGUGUGGCAGAGCGAGACGUCCGGCGCCAAGAACAGAGGCCAGCACGUUGUCCUCGACGGUCUCUUCAUCUGCGUCGGUUACGUUCUCGAGUCGUGGAUCGAUCUUGGUUUCUUCGAGCUUCCCGAGGGUCCCGUCACUUGGCGCCCGCCGAUUGCCAUUGCCAUCGUCUUCUCGCUUGUUCUGAUGGCUUCCGUCUACCUCUUCCCCGAGUCUCCCAGAUGGCUCGUCCGCAUGGCUCGCAACGACGAGGCUCGCAGCGCCAUUGCCCUGUUCCGCGGCUACGACGAGGAUACUAUGGAAGUUCAGGCUGAGCUGGCAGGCAUUGAGCUUUCGCUCGAGGAGACUUCCAAGAGCGGCGCCUCGCUCAAGGACAUGCUCAAGAUGGGCGAGGACAAGCUUCUCUACCGCUUCCUGCUCUGCAUUCUGCUCCAGUUCUACCAGCAGAUGUCCGGCUCCAACCUCAUUUCCGUCUACACCAGCAUCCUCUUCCAGCAGAACCUUGGCAUGAGCGGCGAGCUGUCGCGCGUCCUGUCUGGUGGCGCCCUGACCUGGAAGUUCCUGUCUUCCUUCGUCGCCUUCUUCACCAUCGACCGCUUCGGCCGCCGUGCCGUCUUCAUGUUCAGCGGUGCCGGCAUGUCGCUCUGCAUGAUCGCCCUCGCCAUCACCACCUCCAUGACGGACAACCGCGGCGCCCAGAUCGCUGCCGGUUGCUUCAUCUACCUCUUCAACUUCUUCGUCCCCAUCGGCUUCCUCGGCGCCAACUUCCUGUACUGCACUGAAGUUGCUCCUCUGCGCCUCCGUGUCGCCAUGUCCUCCAUCUCCACCGCCAACCACUGGCUCUGGAACUUCGUCGUCGUCAUGGUCACGCCCGUCGCCCUCGCCAACAUCGCCUGGCGCUACUACAUCGUCUACGCCGCCGUCGCCUUCUGCAUCCCUCUCAGCGUCUACUUCUUCUACCCCGAGACCAUGGGCCGCAACUUGGAGGAGCUGGACCUCAUGUUCCGCGAGAGCCCUUCGGUGGCCGCCACGGUGCGCUUCGCCAAGAACCGCCCCAUCGCCAUGCCGCAGGAGUUCGCCGUCGACCACAGCAAGGGCGGUGUCGAGCACGAGAGCGACCUGGAGAAGGAGAAGGUCGAGGUGGCAUAA